UGUCUAUUUCUUCUGUCAUAAAAAUAACCUCAAACAAAUCCUUCUGACUGAAUUUUAUAAAUUACCAACAUAAAUUGUGAAUUUUAUUGCGUAAAACUACACAAUUAAUAUUUGAAGUAUUUCAGUUAAUUCUGUAAGACAAAAUGUCCGAUCAAAAUGUCGCGUCUGCCCCGGCCUCCGCCGCCCAGUCCGCCACCAGUGUGGCUGAAGAGCAGCGCUCUGGAAGUGUUGCUGGUUCAGGUGCCGUAAGUGGUUCCGUGGCCUCCGAGGAGAAAGUAUACGGAGGCUGUGAAGGCCCAGAUGCCAUGUACGUGAAGCUGGUCUCCUCUGACGGUCACGAGUUCAUCGUCAAGAGGGAGCACGCUCUCACAUCAGGCACUAUCAAGGCUAUGUUGAGCGGACCCGGUCAAUUUGCGGAGAACGAAGCCAACGAGGUCAACUUUAGGGAGAUUCCGUCGCACGUCCUGCAAAAAGUGUGCAUGUACUUCACAUACAAGGUCCGCUACACAAAUUCUUCCACCGAAAUCCCUGAGUUCCCGAUCGCCCCCGAAAUCGCUCUGGAACUGUUGAUGGCUGCUAACUUCUUGGACUGCUAAACGUAUGGGCAAGACGGAGUGAGUUUGCAAUUUGUAUGAGUUGAUUAUACGUCACAACAACGGUAUAGUUCGUUUCAUUCACCAAGACUCGCCCCACCAUUCUUCCGCGAAUGUUUGAGUUUUAUCGGUACACGCUAAAUUAUCCAUGAGUGCACACGCACACUACAAUAAUGACGCUCGGAUUGCUCGGAUCAAACUCCCCGCACCCCGCGCUUCCCUCGACCAUAAAUUGGUGGGGCGCGUCUUCGUGGAUGACACUAUCUAUAAUUAUGUCUGUCUAGUUUUUUGACCUUAAAAGCAUUGUGACUGUCUCGCACUUGUUUUAGCUGGUGUUAAUAACAAAUAAAAACUCAAUGAAAAAUGAAUUAAUUAAAUUAUCACCGGGCAAAUUUCAAAUUCCAAUGUCCACCGUGUCUCUUUAAACAAUCGACAUUGGCGAAACCAGUGUGUUUCAAAUACGCACCAUUGAAGCCAUUACACAGAAUAAUAAAAAAGCGUAACUCUUCAAGUACCAGCAAAUUGACACAAUAGAAAUAAAUACCGUUUAAAAUAAGUUAACGCGGUCUCAUGCGAUCUUAGGGUUCCACAAGGUAACAGACGCCCGUAUUCAUAAACAUUACUAUGAGGUCUCACAGUGCGCGUAGACGCACAGGGUGACACACGAGCCAAUCACAGAGCUCUAUUCAACUCCGUGCGUUCGAUUUGCUGCUUCACUUAAGCAAGCAUCGUUUGUGAUUACUUGAUAGAGCUUUUUGAUCUUAAUUCGAGACACCAUUUGUGGUUAACCAUCUCAAACAUUUUACUAUAAUUAGAAUUUUUUAAAUGUGUAGUAUAAUCAACUCAAGCAGUUCAAACACACUAACAUACUUUUUGUGUAUGGUAACAAUGUCUAGAGAUUCUUUUAAUUCAAGAAAAUAACCAUAAAAUACUAUGUCAUUUUAGAUAGUUACUUUUUGCCUUUUUGGUGCAGGAACUGUGGCACUGUAUUCUCUUUGUGUGAAGUGUAUUCCAUAAUAGUUAGUGCAACUUUCAACCGUAUUUAUCUGUACCAUUAGGUUCAGUAUUAUGUAGCAGUGUGGGUAGGAGAUUUCUAGCAAGGAAAAUGUUUAUUUAAACAGUUGGAAUCUUUAGACAUUUGACAUGAAUUGUGAUUCGGGAGAUGUAGAAGCAUCAUUUGCUUUCCGAUUUUAAAUGAAACUGGAAAGUAAUUUAAGAUGUUGUAUAAACGACCUUACUCAGGUCUGGAUAUAGUAUCAAAUCGAUUUUUAUAUGCAAUAAUAUCAAUAUGGUGAAUAAUUUGCGCUAUUUGAAUGUUCUACGCGAAAUACUAAGGGGUUGGCUAUAGAAUUUGAUGUUUAUUUUUACUAAAAUCACUGAUCAACUGACAGUCAUGAUUUAAUCUCUGUCAAAACUUCAUUGUUCUGUGAAACCUUAUUCGUAAACAAAAAAUAAAGUCCAGCAACAUGGUAUCGACUUAUAAUUUUGUCUCCUAGAAUUACUAGGGGUAUUAUAAUAAUAUGGCAGUACCAUUGAUCAAUGAUUUUCGAUACUAACAUGCAGUAAUAAUUUGUAGCGAUUAUUCAUAUAAAUUAUAAUAAGUGGUCAUAGCAUCUGUAAUAUUUUAAAAAAUUGGUGUCUAAAUUAUCUAUAGGUCUAGCGCUAAACUCUUCUUCUUCUUCUUCUUUUAUUAAUGGCGAUGAACUUGUGUAUUUUCGCCACAAGGCACACUGUUCCGCCAAUAUCACGUGUCAGUCAGUGCCUAAGGUAUGGGAGCGGCACGGGAGGGCUGACAUUGACAUAUUAUCACGUGACAGAGCAUCUGAAGUCUCGCUGUCGUUUGACGUCUCAAAAACACUCUUCCAUGCCGCAUACCUCAGGCACCGACUGAGUUAUGCGCUAAACCCAAAACUUAUCUAUAGUCUGGUCGCCGAGCACGUAGAGUUUUGUCCAAUGACCCCAAGCUACCCAUCCUUAUCGCUCGCGCGUAAUUAUAUUGCUGUCGCGACUGUGAAACGGGCGCCCGCAGUGAGUGUGCGAGCGCAACAGCAACAUAAUUACGCGCGAGCGAUAAGGCAGCUUGGGGUCAUUGGACAAAAUUAUACGUGCUCAGAGACCGGGCUUUAGUUUACCCAACCUGUUAUAUUGAAAAAAACGGGUUAAAAUAAUUUCGAUGUGUCUGUGGAAGUUAUGUACCUAUUUGAUUAAAAUAAACUUUGCGAUGUAGCAAUGUUAGAAUGAGACUUACAGGUUUCAAUUUACUUCACGAUAGAGGUACAAAAACAAUAUUUAUUAUAAAACACUAUAAAUGAUGUAAAUGAAAACAAAAGAUCUCAUUAUAUCAUCAACUAUCAUAUUCUAAGAGCAAAGUAAAAUAAUAAUAGUAAUGACGUGUAUAAAAGGACCCAUUAGUAUCAAUUGCCAAUUGCUCGCGAGCCGAAUACUGUUCGCUCCCGUUCGCCGAUUACUGAUGACGUCAUGUGUGUGGGAUUCAUGUAAUACUUACCUACGCUACUAGUCACGUGAAUCCUUAGAUUGAAGCGAAAUUGUGUGAUUAAUUUAAUAUUAAUAAGUAGGACUCGCAGGUAGGUUACGAACGUUUGUGCCGUAUCUUCCAUUUUUGUUUUAUCUGGCUUGAACGACUUGAAAUUCGGGUGUAAAAAUAACAGGGUCUAAAAUAGCAUACUACUUUUAUUUUACUGUGCUCAAGGGGUAUUGACCACAUCGAGUUAGUUUCCUAAGGGUCGAAUCGACCAAACGAGUAAAUGUUAAUCUCAGAAUAAAUUGUCAGUUUUGACAUAUUUCCCAUACUGAAACUGUCAAUGUGCCAGUGACAACCAUGAGUUAUUCUUGGAUAACCGUUUGGUCGAAUCGGGCCGAAAUGAAAAACUUCUAGUGAUUUUUUUAUUUUGUAUAAGCAUUAUUAUUUGUGAGGGCUAACUGAAUAGGUAAUUUAUUUGUCAAGUGUCACUUAACUUUAACCAAUUCGCAUUGUCGCUUUGUAUUUUGUUAAUAAACCAAAUUGAUUGGAUA